GACCGAGUGUGUGACAGAGAAAAUCUUGUUUGUGUAAUUUAGAGGGAAAAUGCGUGCAUUUUAGCGUUUAAGUCACUUUUCAAAAGUUACAAAUACAUUUUUUAAAGUAGCUACAUUUGUUGCUAGGUGCCGUUAUAAAAAAAGUUGCCAGGGUAGUCUGAAAAGUUGCUAAAUCUAGCAAUAAAAUUGCUAAAUUGGCAUCACUGUUUGUGGUAGUCUAAACAGAAUCCUUGCGACGUCCAAAAGACGUGACCGCAUUGAAUUUAAACGGUUUGAGUAGGGUUUAGGCACCGGACAUGUACCUAUUUUGGGUUUAGGCGAGGGUAUGGACAGACCGUUUACCUAUUUUCUUCAUCAUCCGGGUCACGCUCGCAAGUUUGCGGAUGUGAUUCAAACGCGGAAACAACACGUUAGAAAUGGCAUCAGGGACAGAUCGAGCAGUUGGCAUGGGCCUGGUUGGCUUCAGCCUCCUAUUAUUUACAUACUACACAAUCUGGGUCAUCAUACUGCCCUUCGUGGACAGCGAUCAUGUGGUCCACCAGUAUUUCCUCCCACGGGAGUACUCUGUCAUUCUACCUGGGAUUGCAGCAUUGAUACUGCUGCUCUGUGUAGGUACCUUCAUUGGCGUGGUCACCAGGAAGAACCGCAAGCCUAAGGUGGACUAAGAGGGAUGGUGUCACAGAGACGCUGUCAGACGGGUCAGGAUGUAGCGCUAGUAGUUAUGCUAACAGUAGCUUCACUAGAACCUCCCUGGUCCAGCGUCUUGCCUUACAUUCCGUUGGGAGAAAUCAAAAAUAAAGUCUGGCUUCUCUCUGACAGCUGAUGAAAACAUCUAAUGACUGAAAGACAUAUGACAAGACUUGAAGAGCUGCUGUACACCAACACCUAUCCCUUCUCCUUAUUCAGACCCACAACCUUGUGGUUGGCAAUGCAUGUCAGAGAUUGACAUUAAAGCCUGCCUGUCACCUACACAUAGGGAAGGAAUCAGAUCUGUACUGGAAUUCUUUGUAUUUUGGUUGUUAUCAGUAAAAACAUUAAUAGCAGGCUCAACUUGCCCGACUGCCAUAAAUUGUUUGUCUUUUGUGCAAACAAUGGGAAUGAACCAGAAAGAUCAGCUUUAGGCUACUGGAAUUCUUUUCAGUUUGAUUUCUAUUUGUAUUUAUUUUUCAUUACAUGCCCAUUGGGGCAAACUCAGAGCAGGCCAAACUUGUGCAACUGCUCACUUCACUUGACCCAGGCAAUAGGGCAACCCUUAAUGUCAAUCCCUGCAUGGCUGCAGAUGCUAUAUUUAUCCUUAAGGAGCAUUGUCACUUUGCCAGGGAUACAAAAUUUAAAAGGCACUCGCACAUCUGAGCAAUCCGAUUUGCAGGUGCAUGGCAACAAUUGAACAAGAUGAAGGAAAAAGGAAACUGCACACUGCUCUUGAUAGUAUCACUGAUCUUUAAUAAGCUUACGCGUGAGGCCUUCGUCAGAGCUUUUGUGAAUUUUUUUGAAAUUUGAACUCUUAUGUAGACCUAGCCCCACCCACAUCUGUUCCACACAUCGAAGGGGGUUGGAGGCAAAGGGAAAAAAGGGAUGAAAUCGAUGUGUCAGUAUUCACUUUCACUGUAUGUGGUCAGCCCUAGAUAAAAACCUGGCUUCAUAAUGUGGAGAAGAAUUAGAUUAGCUGAUUUUGUGGAGUACUAUAUCAGAUUCGAUCAAAGUUUCACUGGCAUCCCAUUUCACCACAUUUUGGAUGUCUUUUCAGGCACUGUUUUAAGACUUAAAGAUUUAUUUUGAGUUCUUAGUUGCUAAGAAUGACCAAUAUCAAUUGUUUAGUUAGUAACUGUAGUCUUCACGGACUGAAAGGGCCCAAUUGAUAUCCAAGCAUAUUUAUUAUGUCCACACAAGCACUUGGUAUUUUAAGUAAUCAUUGUGGCAAAUUAGGAAAUCUGUCAUUCUUUUAAAUACCAUUAAGUGCUUGGCUAGUUCAAGUACAAGAUAACUUAGCAUCUGAUAUGAUGGACGAUUUUCUAAAGUCUGUUGAGCAAAACAAGGUCUAAAAAUGUGGAUGGUGUAUAGGGUUAAAGGUCCUCUGUAUUCACAAAAUAAAAUGUUUAUAUUGAUAA